CGUUUCGAUCCCGGCAUCGACGUAGUCCAACGCUUCCUCCCCGGCAGCUCCUAAGCCCUUUCAUUGCUGUUCUUUUGAAAGACGCGCUCUGAUUGGUUGAGCCCUUGGGCCCGCGCCCGUUGUCCCUAUGAGGUGGCCAAUUGGCAACUGUGUUACAUCGCGCUGGGUCACGGAGGAGGGGGGAGGUGGCGGCGGCGGCCAUUUUGAGCCGCCGCCGCCAUUGGAGUGGGGGCCCCCCCCCUUUCCCCCUUCGCCUGCUGACAGGAAAGGUUUAAGGGGGACAGAGCCCUGGGAGGCCGGGCCGGGCUCGGGGGCCGCCCCGGGGGCCCGGGCCAUGGAUGUGCGCCGUCUGAAGGUGAACGAACUUCGCGAGGAGCUGCAGCGCCGCGGCCUGGACACUCGCGGCCUCAAAGCCGAGCUUGCUGAGCGGCUGCAGGCGGCGCUGGAGGCCGAGGAGCCCGACGACGAGCGGGAGCUCGAGGCCGACGACGAACCGGGGCGACCCGGGCGCAGCAACGAGGAGGUCGAGACCGAGGGGGGCUCCGAGCUGGAGGGGACCGCGCAGCCACCGCCGCCCGGGCUGCAGCCGCACCCGGAGCCCGGCGGCUACUCGGGGCCGGACGGACAUUAUGUCAUGGACAAUAUUACCAUGCAGAACCAAUUCUAUGAGACGCAGGUCAUCAAGCAAGAGAACGAGUCAGGCUACGAGAGGAGACCACUGGAAAUGGACCAGCAGCAGCAGGCCUAUCGCCCAGAAGUGAAGACGGAGAUGAAGCAAGAAGCACCCACCAGCUUCCUCCCACCCGAAGCAUCUCAACACAAACCAGACAGACAGCAAUUCCAGAGUCGCAAGAGGCCUUAUGAAGAAAACCGGGGACGGGGGUACUUUGAGCACCGAGAGGAUAGGAGGGGGCGAUCUCCUCAGCCUCCAGCUGAAGAGGAUGAAGAUGACUUUGACGACACCCUUGUCGCCAUUGACACAUAUAACUGUGACCUCCACUUCAAGGUGGCCCGAGACCGGAGUAGUGGCUACCCGCUCACGAUCGAAGGCUUUGCAUACCUGUGGUCAGGAGCCCGUGCCAGCUACGGGGUCAGAAGGGGCCGUGUGUGCUUUGAGAUGAAGAUCAAUGAAGAAAUCUCUGUGAAGCACCUUCCGUCUACAGAGCCCGACCCCCACGUGGUCCGCAUUGGUUGGUCCCUGGACUCUUGCAGCACUCAGCUAGGUGAAGAGCCUUUCUCCUAUGGCUACGGAGGCACUGGGAAGAAGUCCACCAAUAGCCGCUUUGAAAACUAUGGAGACAAGUUUGCAGAGAAUGAUGUAAUUGGCUGCUUUGCGGACUUUGAAUGUGGAAAUGACGUGGAACUUUCCUUCACCAAAAAUGGGAAGUGGAUGGGUAUUGCCUUCCGAAUCCAGAAGGAAGCCUUAGGGGGUCAGGCCCUCUAUCCUCACGUCCUGGUGAAGAACUGUGCGGUGGAGUUCAACUUUGGGCAGCGGGCAGAGCCCUACUGUUCUGUCCUCCCAGGCUUCACCUUCAUCCAGCACCUUCCCCUGAGUGAGCGCAUCCGGGGUACCGUCGGACCAAAGAGCAAGGCAGAGUGUGAGAUUCUAAUGAUGGUGGGCCUGCCCGCUGCUGGCAAAACCACGUGGGCCAUCAAACACGCAGCCUCCAACCCCUCCAAGAAGUACAACAUCCUGGGUACCAAUGCCAUCAUGGAUAAGAUGCGGGUAAUGGGCCUACGCCGUCAGCGAAACUACGCCGGCCGCUGGGACGUCCUGAUCCAGCAGGCCACUCAGUGCCUCAACCGUCUCAUCCAGAUUGCUGCCCGCAAGAAGCGCAACUAUAUCCUAGAUCAGACAAAUGUUUAUGGGUCAGCCCAGAGACGAAAAAUGAGACCAUUUGAAGGCUUCCAGCGCAAAGCCAUUGUAAUUUGUCCCACUGAUGAGGACCUGAAAGACCGAACAAUAAAGCGAACUGACGAAGAAGGGAAGGAUGUCCCAGAUCACGCGGUCUUAGAAAUGAAAGCCAACUUCACGUUGCCUGACGUUGGGGAUUUCCUGGACGAGGUGCUGUUCAUUGAGCUGCAGCGAGAGGAAGCCGACAAGCUGGUGAGGCAGUACAACGAGGAGGGCCGCAGGGCUGGACCACCGCCUGAAAAGCGCUUUGACAACCGCGGCGGGGGUGGCUUCCGGGGCCGCGGGGGUGGCGGUGGUUUCCAGCGCUAUGACAACCGAGGUCCCCCAGGGGGCAACCGAGGAGGCUUCCAAAAUCGAGGAGGAGGCAGCGGUGGAGGAGGCAACUACCGAGGAGGUUUCAACCGCAGUGGAGGUGGUGGCUACAACCAGAACCGCUGGGGUAACAACAACCGGGACAACAACAACUCCAACAACCGAGGCAGCUAUAACCGGGCUCCCCAGCAACAGCCGCCGCCACAGCAGCCACCGCCGCCACAGCCGCCGCCACAGCAGCCUCCACCGCCACCCACCUACAGCCCUGCUAGGAACCCCCCAGGGGCCAGCGGCUACAACAAGAACACCAACAUCCCUGGCUCGAGCGCCAAUACCAGCACCCCUCCUGUCAGCAGCUACAGCCCUCCACAGCCAAGUUAUAGCCAGCCACCUCCCUACAACCAGGGAGGGUACAGCCAGGGCUACACAGCCCCACCACCUCCGCCUCCGCCACCACCUGCCUACAACUAUGGGAGCUAUGGCGGCUACAAUCCAGCCCCUUACACCCCACCACCGCCCCCCGCAGCACAGACCUACCCUCAGCCCAGCUAUAACCAGUAUCAACAGUACGCCCAGCAGUGGAACCAGUACUAUCAGAACCAGGGCCAAUGGCCGCCGUACUACGGGAACUAUGACUACGGGAGCUACUCCGGGAACACACAGGGGGGCACAAGCGCACAGUAGCCACGUGCCCUGGAGGCCCCUGCCGGCUUCCUCCACCAGCGCCCACCUCAGUCCUCCUCAUCCAUCCCUCCCGGGUCCCGUGGUGCUGGGGGAUGGGUCCUCCCAGGCUGCCUCCCCUCUGAGGGGCUCUUCCCCCACACAGGGCCGGGCAUUUCCUCUGGAUUCCAACAGGCAACAAUGACCUUUUAUUUUCUGUUCGUCCCCCUACCCUCCUCUUCCUCCAUUCCUCCUUUUUGACUAAAGACCCCCCCGUCCCUUGCCUUGGUCGUACAGUGAGGCUACAGGGCUGAGGGGAGGGCCCUUUCCUGUCCUCUCCUCCCAGCCCUGCUCUAGGCCCUCAGCUUCUCAGACUCUCAUGCAGUUGGUUGUAAAUUCUUCCAGGAGCUGUUUUACUGUCUACUUUUCAGGAUUUAAAAAAAAAAAAAUCAAAAACUUAAAAAAACACAAGUUUUAAAAAGCAAAAUGCAGAGGGAGGAAGCAGUGACAGAUAUUUUUUUGGUAAUUAUGCUUUUUUUUUUUUUUUUUUAAUUUUUAGAACUUGUCCGUUUUUACUGUGGGUCGGCUGUUGAUAUUUCAUCAGGAUAACCAUUUCUUUGCUGAGUUCAGGUGACAGAGGAAGAGCCACACCCUCAAAACACACACAGAACAAAACCACAGAAUCAUCUUUAACCUAACUUUUUAUACAAUGUCUCAGUUUCCCGUAACUUUGCACACAAGCUUCUGUGUUGAGUUGAAUUGUACCUGCUUUUUGUAUUUGGAGAGAGUGUGACUAUUGAACUUGAAACCUUUUAUUCCGGGCGUCUUGGUAGUUUCUCGUGGGAUUAAGGGGGUAAGAGGGAAGAAGGGAGUUGGGGGGCUCCUACCCUUCAGAACAUGAAGUUUCUCCCACUGCUCCUCUCCAGAGGUCUCCCAGUGCCAGACCUAAAGGUUUUUCCUACAGUGAUCCUCUGAUUAUUUUUACUUCCCCUUGACCCAUAUGUUUUAACAGAACUUUUAACAAACUGCACUUAUUAAGAAAUGUGUUUGCCCUGUUUUGGUUUUGUUUUUGUUUUUGUUUUGUUUUCAAUAAAUGACAUGGCACCUCCUAGCAGGAAGGAAGCAGGGUUUCAA